AAAGGUAAAGAAAGUGGAAAAAUUUGGAUCAAAAAGGGUACUGAGGAAAAAAAUACACAUGUACUAAAAAGCACAGUACCGGAGCAGAUAGAAGCACAGAGGGAAAAGAGGAGAGUGAGGUAGACGGAUCCUGCUUAUGCCUACUCCAUCUCUCUUUCAGCACCAAGGACAGAACCUCUUAGCGGGUGGCCCUAGUAACGUUCAGUUUAGGGUCCCCCGGAAUCCUCUAGAAAAAACGGAUGCGUUCAAAAGCAGCUAUAAAACAUGCUCUAAGAUCUAAUAGGGAAGCUGGAAAAGUAGCACACAAGUAAUUUCACCUUAGAGGCUAAAAUGGGUGAUUUUCUUUCUGUUCAUGUACGUAGUUUCUGUGUCCUGGGAAAGGCAAAGUUUGCUCUGCUUGGGUAUAUCUGCUGUCAGUAAAUGGCUGCAGGAGCUGAAGUGCUAAACUCCACAGUCUCCAGAAAUCAGAAGAAAUUUUCAGGGAAACCACUUGGGGUCACACUCCUUUCUCUGGGCUAUGGCGCCUCUGAGCCAGCUGAGUGGCCACCUGAACUACACCUGUGGGACAGAGAAUUCCACAGGUGUCAACCGGGCCCGCCCACAUGCCUACUAUGCCCUCUCCUACUGCGCACUCAUCCUGGCCAUCGUCUUUGGCAACGGGCUGGUGUGCGUGGCUGUGCUGCGGGAGCGGGCCCUGCAGACCACCACCAACUACCUGGUGGUGAGCCUGGCUGUGGCAGACUUGCUGGUGGCCACCUUGGUGAUGCCGUGGGUGGUAUACCUGGAGGUGACAGGUGGAGUCUGGAAUUUCAGCCGCAUUUGCUGUGAUGUUUUUGUCACCCUGGAUGUCAUGAUGUGUACAGCCAGCAUCCUGAACCUCUGUGCCAUCAGCAUAGACAGGUACACCGCGGUGGUCAUGCCAGUGCACUACCAGCAUGGCACAGGACGGAGCUCCUGUCGGCGAGUGGCCCUCAUGAUUACGGCCGUCUGGGUGCUGGCCUUUGCCGUGUCCUGCCCUCUCCUCUUUGGCCUCAACACCACAGGGGACCCCAGCGUCUGCUCCAUCUCCAACCCUGAUUUUGUCAUCUACUCUUCAGUGGUGUCCUUCUACUUGCCCUUCGGAGUAACUGUCCUUGUCUAUGCCAGGAUCUAUGUGGUGUUGAGACAAAGGAGACGGAAACGGAUCCUGACUCGACAGAACAGUCAGUGCAUCAGUGUCAGGCCCGGCUUCCCUCAACAAUCUUCCUGUCUGCGGCUGCACCCCAUGCAGCAGUUUUCAAUAAGGGCCAGAUUUCCAUCGGAUGCCACAGGAAAAAUGGAACACUCAGAAGAUAAGCAAUAUCCCCAGAAAUGUCAGGAUCCUCUCUUGUCACAUCUGCAGCCUCUCUCUCCUGGCCAGGCACACAUGGAACUGAAGCGCUACUACAGCAUCUGCCAAGAUACUGCCUUGGGGGGACCAGGCUUCCAAGAAAGAGGAGGAGAGUUAAAAAGGGAGGAGAGGAAUCGGAACUCCCUAAGCCCUACCAUAGCACCCAAGCUCAGCUUAGAGGUUCGAAAACUCAGCAAUGGCAGGUUAUCAACGUCCCUGAAGCUGGGGCCCCUGCAACCUCGGGCAGUGCCACUUCGGGAGAAGAAGGCAACCCAGAUGGUGGUCAUUGUGCUUGGGGCCUUCCUUGUCUGCUGGCUGCCCUUCUUCUUGACUCACAUUCUCAAUACCCACUGCCAAGCAUGCCACGUGUCUGCAGAGCUUUACAGCGCCACAACGUGGCUGGGCUACGUGAACAGCGCCCUCAACCCCGUGAUCUAUACCACCUUCAAUGUCGAGUUCCGCAAAGCCUUCCUCAAGAUCCUCUCUUGCUGAAGGAGGAGAGGCAGGAAUAUUCCCCGUCCCCAUUUCUAGCUGCCAGGCUCUGGGGCCGCUGGCCAGAGCCUGCUCAGAAAGACUGUGAUGUCCUCUGGCAUGUGCUAGGAAGAAGAUUCCUGGAGCCAGGACGUCCCCGAGUGGCCGAGGUAACCGAAAGCUUCUUCCUAAACAGAAUGUUCUACCUCCCCAGCUAAAACCUGACUUCGUUCUGACAGUCUUCAAACGGCUGGGGAGCCCCUGAGUGAUAAGCAAUAAUUCAGAAAGGAGCUGAUAAAACAUGACUCACGCAAAAUUGUCAUUGGAGGCAUGAUUCAUUACAGUGAAGGAAAAAUGAACAGAGCUCAUCAUUCUUAACUUGCCAGGGAUCCUUGAAAUCUCAGCCAGUAAACCAUCUUACAGAACAACCAAUCUCUCUUCUUUCAAACCUCUAAUUAACUGUCAUGCUAACCUUGUGCUUUUGUGGGCCCAUUCCCUCUUGAUCAUUCCUUUCCUUCACUGUAUCUGGAUAUAUGAAUGACAAGGCCGAAACGUCCACCUUGCUGUAGAAUCCAAUUGGCUACAUUUGAUGAGGUGAAUUCCUCACCCCAAGGGGAACACUGUCCCACAUUGGGACCAGAGCUUUGUUUCAGACCUUGCUAACCUGAUCUUUUAGGUCUAGCUCAGUCACUUUGAUUCCAUUCCCUUCCUCUCUUGAGGCAGUCUCAGAGUCAACUUCCAGAGUCAUUCAAGAUGGGGAUGCUAACUGCAGAAGAGAUGACAAUUCCCACUGUAGUAUCACUGUUGGACCUUGUGGUUGAGAAGAUGUGAACCAUAGAUGCCAUAGAUGGUUUAGAUGUGUUUUUCAUAACACUAUAAAGUGUGUUAUAGAUGUGUUUUUCACAUCUAUAGAUGCCAUAGAUGUGUUUUUCAUAACACUAUGAAAUUUUCCUACCCGGGGUAUCUCCAUUUUCCUGCUGAACAGAGACCCAAUAUAGUCAUGUGCCGCAUAAUGACAUUUUGGUCAACGACACACCACAUAUACAAUGGUGGUCCCAUUAGAUUAUAAGAGCUGAAAAAUUCCUAUCGCCUAGUGACGUCAUAGCCAUUAUAACGUUAUAGCACAAUGCAUUACUCACGAGUCUGUGGUGAUGCUUGUGUAAACAAACCUACUACGAUGCCAGUCAUAUAAAUGUAUACGAUUAUGUACAGUACAUAAUACUGGAUAAUAAAUGACUAUGU